AUGUUGAAAAUGAAUAGUGUUGGGCGUAAGGAAUUAGGUAAUCAUUCAGAUCUGAUUUAGAUUACCCUAGGUCAAAUCCUAGGUUAUUUUUUUCUAUCGCCCUGCUUAAUAAUCAAGGACAAUCAAUUAUCUCCAAUCAGAACUGUCUGAGACCAUGCAUAAUCACGAUGAAGAAUCAAUACCUAGUUGUUAGAAUAAUUUUUGCCUCAAUUCCUAUAAUUUCUUUCAAUAAUCAUAGUUCACAUAGUCCAAGGGUCUCCGUGUUUCUUCUUUGAAAUCUCACACUUCCUAAUAUUUUCUUAUUGCAUCUAUAGAUGUGUACGAAGUGCUCGUGUAUUAUUUGUAGAAUAUACACGUGCGUCAUCGAUUGCGUCUGGUUGAAGCGAGCAAGCGAGGGUUUUAAGUUGUCCACGUGGAGCCGCUGCUGCAACCGGCGGGGUCAUGGUACAGAGGGAUCCUCUGGAGCUCAGGGACGACCAAGGGGAAGAGCGAAGGAAAGUUUUCGCUUGGUGGGAGCACCAGCACCAGUAGUAGCAGCAGCUACGGUGAAGGACGUCCUUUUUUUCCUACAACCGUUUGGUGGGAGAAUUUGUUACACGUGCGCUUCUUCCCCCCUCUUAUCUCCUCAUCAAAUCCAGAGAGAGGAAGAGAGAGAGAGAGGAAAGCCGACGGGUAGGUACGUACAUACUGUAGUAUUUUCUAUCGCAGAGUUAAAAGAGGUCAUCGAUAACGGUUUUGGAGAUGAAUUUCCCUGUAUAAUAUAGUAUAAUGCACAGUAGUGUAAAUUUCUACUAGUUUUAAGUGUAGAGAUAGAACCUAGAAUAUAAUAGAAUAUAGUUGAAUGGAUGGUUGAUUAUUAACAUUCAGUAACUGGUUUAAAGUGUAAAAUUUACGUUGACCGCGCUUUUACACCGAGCCACACGUGUCGAGUAUUUCACUGCAUGAUUCUUAUGGAUGUACAUAUGUACGUGUAUGUACGUACAUACAUAUAAUAUAUGAUAUGCUUAUAUAUAAUUGAGACAGACAAACACACGUCAAUUUCGGGAUAGAUUGAGGGGAAAUUUACGGGAUUUCUAGGGAAGGGAUAUAUAAAUGGGGCGGUAAUAAGCAAAGCGCGCGCGCGCGCACACCUUUUGCGAAAUCCUUUCCGAAUAGGAAUAAAGUAGAGGGGGUCACACGUGCCGCACAUUCGUUAUCAUGAUCAUGAUUAUUAGAAUCUCUUCUAUGUGUAGGGUACAUAGGUAUAUAAAAUACAGGUAUAUACCGCGUAUACCUAUACAAGCAUUUUACACGAGGAUCGAAGACAUGGCGCUUAUUUCCUUACCACUCGCGAGUUCAGUUGCCCGCAAGCCUUUGAACGGUGCAGAGUGCGCCCAAACAACGCGCACCCUACACUAAAAUACCCUGUAUAAUAAUAUUACGUUAAUUAAACUAGUUAAAUUUUUUUUUUUUAAUUAUUUUCAAUAUCAUACCAUUGAACUGACGUACUUAUUCAUAAAUUACUACUUUCACUUAUAUUAUAUACAUACCUAUACACACACAUGUGUGUUGUAUACAUAUGUGUAUAGAUAUAUAUGCAUAACAACCUCCCUUACAAAAUUUUGUACAUUAAUUUUAAAAGCCCAGAAGAAACGAUAAACAUAACGAAGAAAAGCAAUAUUUUCAACUGUUAAAUAUCUUGCACACAUAUCCUAUUCGUUAAUAACAAUACCAAUAACAACAGCAACAACAACAACAACAACAAUAACAAUAACAAUAAUUUACAUAAGAAAUUAAAAAUUCCAAAGACAAUUUAAAACUCAUUUAUACAUAUACUUAGAUACAAACGAAGAAAAUAAUAGUGUGUGGUGCGUAUUUUUUUAUCAAACAAGAAAAUAUAAAGGUGUGUGGAGAGGUGGCUGAUUAUUAUUUAAAAAAUAAUAAAUAUUACAGUAAUAAAAGUAAAAAUACAAACGAGAACACGAACAAAAGCAGAUAGUCUAAACCGCUGUCGUACAGGUACAUCAGAUAAUACAUAAUGGCUCCUACCGUUUGCGUACCAGAAAUGUCAGCACCUGUUCGGGAAAAGAGCGGGGAAACCAGUUCUUAUAACAUAAGACGUACUCGUCAAAGAAAAGAGAACGUUGCAAAGGAUCAACGCCAAAGGUUAAGACUGAAGAACAUUUUCAACGCCCAGGAACAUGACGGUUCCGGUAACCCCGCGGAGAAUAAUCAGGAGAUAUGGAAUCCAAGAAAAUCAUCGUUGGAAAAAAAAGGCGACACCGGAAAUUCCGCUUCUGAUCCUCAUUUAAAUAACAACAUGAGCGAACGGUGGAGAUCCAUUUUUGCCCGUCGAGAAGGUCUGCUGGACAUCUUGGCGAGAACUAUGGCCCUUGUCAAACGAAAUUACGUAUUACAGAAGCGAGUUAACGCUUUGCGAUUUGAAACAAAAGAAUUUAUCCGGUCGGUUAUGAGUAAUCCGGAGAACAACAGUAAGCAAGAUAAUCAGAGCUGCAUAGAGACGGUGGUGUCGUCUUCUUCUGAGGUAUUAUUAUCGAGACCGACACCACCGGCAACUCCAGAUUCGUCGACGAACGAAUUCCUCACUAAUAACACCGAUAAUCAGUUGUCCCCAUCGUUAUCAUCAGCUUCAGAUUGCUCUCCUUACUCUUAUUCGUAUUCCUACUCUUCCUAUUCCCCCGUUUCAAGUCCUGAAAGUCAUUUAGAUGCAUGCUCAGAUUAUUUAUCAUCAGAUGAGGAUUAUAAUCGUACCCAAAAACUCACUCAAGACCCGAGGGUAUCAAGCUCAUAAAAUUUUACUUAAUUUAAAGAGAGAAAAUUCAAAACAAUAACAGGUCAUUGGUCACAACACGUUAUCGAUUAAUUGUCUUUAAAUAAAUUCUAUCGUUGUGAAAAAAAAGAAUUUUAAUUCAUAUUUUUAAACUGCAGUCACUCGCCGGCGAGUCGCUUUAAUAUAUUCGAAAUUAUAUUAAUUGUGAAAUUCAUUGAAAGUAUUAUAAUAUUAUCACAAAAAAUAAUUUCGAUCUUCAUUUCAUUCGUGCGUCGUUAAGAUGUAAUCUAAAUCAUGCUCAUAUAAAUUUUACUCGCUGGGCGCAAAAAGUAGAAAAAACAAACAAGCGACAAACAAAUACAAAUUUACUGAACAAUUCGCGUUCGUAUCAAUUAUGCAUAUGUAAUUCUGUUUGUGAGUCUAUGAAUUUCGUUUCGAGAGAUAAUUUAUCUGUUUAAAAAUAAAAAAAAAAGAUCAUUAAAAAAAAAAUCAUUGAUUUUAUUAACAAAAAUUCGUGUGUCGUUCUCUAUAGUACACUAGAAGUAAUAAUAAUAACGAUAAUCAUAUGAAGUAUAAAAAGUUAGAAAAAAAAUGGGGAACCAUUACACAUUUCAUUAAUUAAGACUCAAUGAAACAUUCAAAUUCGAUAUAAAUGAUCGAAUGCAAAAAAGAAAAAGCAAUUUAUCGCUACCGGCACUACCUGUAAAAUAUGCAUAGGUAUAUACAGGUACAUAUAUCUAUACCUAUGUAAAUUACUCGAUUAGUUUAUAAUUGUGAUUGUGCGAUAAUCAUUGUAGUAUUUAUUAAUUAUUAAGGGUGAAAUUUUGAAGAAAUUUUUUCUCGGACAAUGAUUGUUUCAACAAUAGAUAUAACUAUACGUAUAUAUUGGGGUGUUUAAAAAAGAAAACAAAUUUUUUUUUUUCUCGAUGGUGUCGAAAAGUUGAAAGUACAUUUAAAAACAAGAAUUUUUACCCCCAUUAGAGCCCUUGAUAUUGAUGUUAAGGUUUGCCCCGAUCCAUUUGUAGUUUUCCUAUUUGAUUAACACAGGAAAAAUUUUGAAAUCAAUUGAAUUUUGUUAAUCUGAGUUUUUAAAUUUUUUUCUGCUUCUCUACUCCAUACGUAAUUCACAAAAAGCACAAAUACAUAAAUAUAAAAGUUAAAAAUAUCAAACAAAUGAUUUUUGGGUCUCUUUUAUUACAAAUUUAUUUUAUUUUCUACCAAAUACUAAUAAAUUUUAUUAAACAAUCAAAUCUUUAUAACAAAAAACGAUAUAAAUAUAAAGUAUGAUUUUUUUCGCAAUUUUAGUGGAAAAUAUUUGAAAUUUUUGCUUGAUGUUACUUUUGAUCGCAGAUAUCUUUUAAACGGUUGAUCGGAGAAACUUUGACCUUCAGACGUUUUUUGUAGAGCGUGAAAUUUCCUAUAAACCCUUCUACUGGGAUGAUGCGGAAACAAGCCAUUCCGAAGUAAUGAAAAUGCAAAAAUGAAAAAAAAUUUUUGUUGAGUUAAUCAAAUGGAAAAACUACAAAUGGAUUGAGGCAAACCUUAAUAUCAAUAUCAAGGGCUCUAAUGGGGGUAAAAAUUCUUGUUUUUAAAUGUACUUUCAACUUUUCGACACCAUCAAGAAAAAAAAAAAAAAUUUAUUUUUUUCUGAAACACCCUAGUAUAUAUAUAAUUGUAUGUAUAAUAUUUGACUUGUGAUAAAUAGCUCGGCAGAGCUCGCCGACAGAAGUAGUUCAUUAUCAUUAAUAUUUUUAUCAAUUAAUUUCUAUGAAUUAUAUAAUGAUAAUAUGAAAAAGGAGCAAAGCUCACGUUGCUACAGUAUCUGUGGCUAUAGCAUAUGUGUGUAUAUCUUAUGUUUGUGAUUUGAUACGCAUCAACUUUUUGAAUCAUCUUUAUUGUUAUUACACAUACCCCAACGAUCGUAUUUCAAUUAUCUUUUUUCCGUGUCAAUUUUACCUUGUCGAUAAUUUGAGUAAAUCCGUACCAAUUAUAGUGACCUGAUGACUGAUAAUCUGGGGUGUGGUGAUACAUUAAUCAUUGAGAAAAAGUAUAACAAACGAUAAAACAAAGAAUUUACAGUCUAGCAAUUCGAGUAUGAAGAGAAUUUACUGAUAUAUGAUUCGGAUUAUUGUGUAAUUUAAUUCUGUCGACGUCGAAUGCUCAAUUGAUCUUUUACGCGUACAUUCAUUUGAAUCCGUUGAUAAAUGAUGCUUACCAAUGUGCUAUCUAUGGUUAUCAUCAUACGAUUUUAAAUGAAAAACAAAUAUUCAAAAAUGAACAAUAUAUAUGCUCUUAAACUAAACUCGCUUGUGAUCGUUGUCGGCAGUAGUGUGUGAAUUUUCAAUAAAUGCAUGGUAGAUGAUGGUAGGCAUGGAAGGUAUUCGGAUAUGAAGCUUAUCGUUAAAUUUAAUUUUAGAAUAUAAUCAUUAAUUAGUGCAAAGUAGUCAUUAGGCUUCCAUUAUAUUAAACCUUGCUUGUAGUUUAGACUAGAAGUUUUUUAUUUCUUCUCAUUUUCCAUUUUUUGAUUUCAUUUUAAAUACCGUGUAUCUAUAACUGUGGUCACAUUUUAAAAUUGAACAGAACAAUUAGAUUGUAAAAGUUAUAUAUUCUUGAGGCAAGCCAAAUCAAAUUUUAUCAAAAAAUAAAGAAUUAAAAAAAAAAAAUAAAAAAAAA